AUGCCCUCUCACCACAGACGCCGUCACCACCACCACCACAACAACCACCACCACCAUGCGGAACCAGAUAAUGAACCCAUACCGUCAAGAGAAGAUGACGAACAAUAUCCACGCGAAUACAGACAUUCCUCCUCUAAUUAUCGUCGACAUGACUCUUCCUUGCAGACAGAAAAGGGCUCCUACCCUGGACCCUCAUCUUCGUCAUCUAGAGGGCAUCGUGACUCAAAUUGGCGUCCUAAGGACUAUGAUGAUGAGUAUUAUCGAGAGAGAAGGGAAGGAUAUGAGCUGGCAGGCACUCGCGAGCCAGCAUCGUGGCCGGCGCCAACUUCGGAAAGAGAGUGGGGACGUUACGAGUCGGACUACCCCCCACAUUAUGGCGAGCAAGCCUCUUGGCCAGCCCAUGAUCACCGGAAUGGUCACCAAGAGCGGUGGGACAAUCGAGGAGGAUAUUACAAAAGACAGUCAGACCGUCCACCAGUUGUUGACGAGCGACGAGACUGGUCAAACCGCUCUUCCAGAGGCUCGGGCAAUUAUGACCCUUGGUCGCCUCCCCAAAAAUCAAUUUCAGACGAGCGGGCAUGGGAACCAGCACCGGGUUGGCAGCCUUCAACUUCGAGCGACCACCAGCAGAAUCAUCGAGGCCAGAAUCAAUCUUUUCACCGCGAAGACACCACCAACCACAACCACUACAAGCAGUCCCCUACAUCCCGGCGUGGAGGAAACACUCAUAAUAAUCGAUAUACUAACAACAAACCUCAACGAGAAUGGCAAGAGGAGUCAAGUCCCAACAAUUGGUCUCGACGAGGGUACCAAGAGUCAGAACGAGCUCCACUACCCUCUCGUAAACAUAACCGCUCCAUGUCUCCCGUCCGGUCACCUUCCCGCUCGCCUGCAGAAUCUUAUUACUCUCGACGAUCUUCCCGUGGUCGAACUCGAUCGCCAUCUCCAGCCCUGAAAAAGCAAAAACGAGAGCCAGUGCCGUCGUCGUAUGAUCAUGAGAAUAUGGGCUGGGUACCAAAUCAGAGGAAGGCAGCUCUUGCCAGAGAGUCAUAUCAGCGACAAAACGAAUUUGCGCCUCCGCCAAGAAUCCCAUCCCCCACUUCAAGUCUCGGUACUAGGAGAAGCAGAAGCCGUAGCCCAAGGUCAGAUGCGAAACGUUCUUAUCGUCUACCUUCAAAGUCUGCAACGCCUUCCAAUGCACCUUCAUAUGAUGAUUCAGCAGAACGUCGAGUGGAUGAGCACUUGGAGGAUAGGAAUGGUGCGGAGCCUGUCAAUGAUACUAUCUAUCCAUCUGAGCCGCCGCCAGGCUACGACAAUGACGCUCAAUCCAUGCCUCCCCCAAGCAUCAUUCCCAAUGCCAUCAAUCCCCUCCAAUAUUUACCCGAAUUCUCAAGGACAUCAUUCUCCCAACCCAUCUCAUCGAACAGGAAGGGCGGAUUCAAACCUAUAGGACAGAACAGCUCUUCUCUCCGCAAAUUUUUUCCUGGGGACGAUGAUGAUUUGGACUUGUCGGCUCAACCAACUGUCACUGAGCAGACCGAAGUAAUUCCGUCUGCUGGACCCCGCUCUCCAAAUAUGUCUCAUUCGCGUGCCUCAUCCAUCGUCAUGGAUGAAGAGGAAAAUCCGGACGCCCCUGUCCCGCCGUCGCAGCAGGCUGUUGCCGACACCAAUGAGACGAGGACAUCGACCCCAUCAACUCGCCCAAGAGCAGAAUUGUACGCCAUUAUGAAUCAUGUUGGCGAGGGCACCUUUGGCAAGGUCUACAAGGCUCAAAAUACCAUCACCCGUCUCUUCGUUGCUUUGAAGAGGAUACGGAUGGAGUCGGAAAAAGAGGGCUUCCCAGUCACCGCGAUGAGGGAGAUAAAGCUGUUGCAAUCCCUGCGUCACGAAAACGUUGUCCGUCUAUUUGAGAUGAUGGUUUCCAAUGGGUCGGUUUACAUGGUAUUCGAGUACAUGGAACACGACCUUACUGGGGUUCUGUCACAAACCCAAUUUAGCUUCACGGACGCCCACCUCAAGUCACUUUGCCGCCAAAUGCUUGCGGGUCUUGCCUAUCUGCACCACAAGGGCGUCAUCCAUCGUGACAUCAAAGGCUCUAAUAUUCUCCUCAACAACCGAGGGGAACUUAAGUUGGCAGAUUUUGGACUUGCGCGGUUCUACCAGAAGCGCCGACGGAGCGAUUACACGAAUCGAGUCAUCACCUUGUGGUAUCGUCCACCAGAAUUGCUGUUAGGUGCAACUGUCUAUGGUCCUGAAGUAGACAUGUGGAGUGCUGGGUGCAUCAUGCUGGAACUGUUCACGAAGAAGCCCGUCUUCCAAGGCAAUGACGAAAUCCAUCAGCUUGACACGAUUUACCGUGUUUUUGGCACACCGACUGUCGAGCGUUGGCCAGACAUCGUCAAUCUACCUUGGUACGAACUCGUUAAGCCACGUGAGGAGAUUCCCAAUCACUUCCGUGAAAUGUUCCGCAAAUGGAUGUCUCCAGCCGCUCUAGAUCUCGCAGAAAGACUGUUAUUUUAUGAUCCUGCGACUAGGGCAACUGCGGUUCAAGCAUUGGACGCGCCAUAUUUUACUCAAGAAGAGCCGCCAGCAAUGGCCCCGACUGGAUUGGCGACCCUUCUGCAUGGCGAAUGGCACGAACUAGAGACAAAAAAGGCGAAAAAGAAGAAGAAAGAAUGA